UACUGAUACUUUUGAUGAAUUAAAAGGAUCAAGGCCAGGAGACAAAAACUUAGCAAAUAUUACAAGUGAGACAUUAUUCUAUAAGGACAUACUAUCAUGUCGAAUGAUUACAUAAAUGUUCAAAGGAGGCCACUUAUGGAGUUCUUAACAUGUCCCCUUUGUUCAAACAUUUAUAGGGAAGCAACUACCAUAUGUGUUUGCCUUCAUACAUUUUGCAAACAAUGCAUCUAUGAGAAAGUAGACAAGGAAAAAACACAUUACUGUCCAGUGUGCGAUGCCUAUCUGGGUUCCAUUCCUCAACACAUGUUAAGAAAUGACCAUAAAUUGGAGAAACUUGUAAAGCAAAUUUUUCCCCUGGAAAAGCCAAAUGAAGACAACACAGAAAAUAGAUUCUCAAAUCAUUCCAUGAAUCCUAUCAUGAAACAGAAUGAACUAGACAAUUCCGAACCUACGGUACGCGAGUUUUCUCUUGAAAGAUCAAGGAAAGGACUGUGCUGGGAACAUCUAGGAGGUCGUAAAGAUGGCGAAACUUAUGGGACUGAAGUGCAAGUGAAGAGGAGGAGGAGGAUGCAGAGGAAGCCAUAUUGCAAAUCUUUGAUUGGCCAAAGAGAGGAGGGUUUGAAGAUCGGGACCGCAAACGAGAUGUCAAAAACCAAUACGAGUGGUCUUGAGAAGCCAACUGAUUCAUUGAACCGAUGCGGAGAAAUUGUGUAUCUAAACCAAUAUAGUGGUUGUUCCCCACGCCCUGUGUGGUUUUGCUUGCUUGCAAGUCAAGAAACGAACGACAUGGCAUUGCCUCAGAUACCAAAACCUUUUAUUAGUACCAAGAAUGGAGAUUUAGCCAUAUCCAUUGUGAACAAGUACCUUGCAAUGAAGCUAAACCUCAAACAUGAAUCUGAGGUUGAAGUCAUGUGUUUGGGUCAUCCAUUGAUGCCAACCUUAACCCUAAACAACCUGAUAGACACAUGGCUAGAGGCCGUAUCGGAUAUCGAACCGGUGCCGGCCGAGGAAGGCGACGGCAGGAACUUUUUGAUGGAAUUAACGUAUAGAAGGUCCAUGAAGCAGUGCACUUUGCAGUAAAAUUCAAAUGGGCUGGAGCCUAUGAUAUCUUCCCAAUUGAUAAACUCUCCAAAUUAAUACACAAUAGUUUCAAUUAAUUAUACAUUUU